AUGGAACCACCGAUCAGCAUGAUAAUUGCAAUACCCGUAGGGGUCAUGCUUGCUAUCCCCAUUAUCAUCAUAAUACUUAUUUUCAUGGUAUUUCUUGUCUGGUCUUGUUUAUACUUCACGGUCGUGUUUAUCUUGAUGCUGCUCCAUUGUUUUUGCCGGGAUAUCGACGAGGAUACCGAAAACAGGUUGCCGAGAUAUGUAGCGGCAAUUGAUCACGCCAUGCGAAGCCGAUCAAUGUUGCCGGAUGAAGUUCCGAGGCCGAUUACGGUCGGGACCGUUGUUAAGUACAAGAUUGAGGGAGAAAUCGAAUCGUGUCAUUGCGUUAUAUGCUUGGAAGAGUUCAAAGAUGGGGAUACUUGUAGGGUUCUUCCUAACUGCAAACAUAUGUACCAUCAACUUUGUAUAGAUAAAUGGUUGGUUAAGGAUGAGGGUUGCCCUCUCUGUCGUGGUUCAGUCUACACUUUGGAACUAACAUCGUAUCCCACCACUUGA